AUGUAUGGUGGUGUAACGCGAAUGCAUGGUCUUGUUAUUUGCAACAAGUGGCCGCAAUUGCCAGUGCCCCUUGAGAGGCUUGAUAUACAUGCUGUAUUUGUGAACAACAAUGCUGAGGUGUGCUGUGCAUUUACGUACAAGAACUCCUCUCCUGACCUCAUUGAGGCUGAAUUUGCCUUUCCCCUGGAGUCAACAGCUGCCGUGUAUCACUUUGAGGCGGUUAUUGGUAAUAAGCGACUGGUCGCGAGCUGCAGAGAGCGGAUCGAGGUAAGCUCCAUGAAGGUGGCUAUUGUUAGUGCGGCUGAGGCGACGUAUAGCGAGGCUGUGGAGGCAGGUCACAUGGCGUAUAUGAUGCAGGAGGACUACACGAUGGGGGACACAUUCCGGAUGAAGUUGGGCAAUAUACCGGGUGGAGAGACGGUAAAGCUGAUCUUCAGGUAUGUGGUGCCUCUGUACCUGAGGGAGGUGGACAAAGGCGUGGAGCGGUUUGCGUCUCUGCAGGAGGCGUGUGUGUUGGUCUUCUCGAUGCCUCUGCAUUUGGGUGGGAGAUACGACCCGAAUCCGAGUGCUCAUAAAUCUGGUGCAGUGGAGCGGAUGGCGGCGAAGGUGUCCUUUACAGCAGACGUGCAUGCGGAUGGUGGGAUUGCGUCAGUCACAUCGGCACACAACAAAUUCCAAGUGAAGUAUGUGGACGGGAGGAAGGAGGACGCGGAGGUGUCGGUGGUGGGCGAUGUGGACCUGCGGCACGAUUUUGAGGUGGAGUUGGCGGUGCGGAACCUGCAUGUGUUGUGUGCACCUUGUGAGUUGGGGUGCAGGAGGAAAGGUGGAUUUUUGGGCAUGCAUUGCAUUACAGCGACAUUCCUUCCCAACAUUCCUCGCACGCAGGCUGGUGAUGGUGACAAACGCGAGAUAAUAUUUGUUAUCGACAGAUCGGGAAGCAUGAGUGGAUCGAAGAUGGAGAGGACGAGGGAGUCGUUGUUGCUGUUUUUGAAGUCGCUGCCGAGGAGGUGUCGCUUCCAACUGGUGGGGUUUGGGAGCACCUUUGAGCCUCUCUUUGCGCAGCCAGUUGACUACAACAAGGAGAAUGUGGAUCGGGCAUUGGAAUAUCAGAAGAGUUUGUCAGCUGACAUGGGUGGAACGGAGGUGCUGCCGGCACUGAGGUGCGUGUACAACACUCCCACGACAGGUGCGGGUUGGUACAAGUAUAUAAUCUUCCUAACGGACGGUGAAAUUUGCAAUCAGGAUGAGGUGAUAGGGUUGGUGGCGAUGAACCAGACGUCUGCACGGCUGUUUGCUAUUGGUUUGGGUGACGAGGUGAGCACGUCAUUGAUUUGGGGUGUGGCUCGAGCUGGUAGGGGCACGGCGACGUUCAUCCGUGAUGGGUAA